CUUUUUGGCGAAAACUGUCUAAGGUGGUGGGGUGGCCGCAAGCGUUCGGUGUUGUCACGCUGCUCUCAGGAUGAGCCGCGGUGGGGGGAUCCUUUCCUGGAGAAAGGCACCCAUACUUUGCUCCUUGCUGCCCAAUGGCUCCCUCGCGAGGAAGCAGCGUCCCUCUGUUCUCGGAUCGGUUCUGUUCUUGGGAAUCAAGAGGCUUCUUUCCACAGCUAAGUCCAUACCUCAGAUAUGUAUUGUAGGCGGUGGACCUGCUGGAUUCUACACAGCACAACACCUCCUGAAGCACCACAAACUAGCUCAGGUGGAUAUAUAUGAGAAACUGCCAGUUCCCUUCGGCCUGGUUCGUUUUGGAGUAGCCCCAGACCAUCCAGAAGUAAAGAAUGUGAUCAACACAUUUACGCAGACAGCACGAUCUGAUCGCUGUUCCUUUUACGGGAAUGUGACCGUAGGGAAGGAUUUAACUGUGGAGGAGCUGCAGAAAGCGUACCAUGCAGUGGUUUUGAGCUAUGGAGCCGAGGACAAUCGAACCCUUGGGAUUCCAGGGGAGGACCUUGCAGGAGUCUAUACCGCCAGAGCAUUUGUGGGAUGGUACAAUGGCCUGCCUGAGAACAGAGAUCUGAAACCAGACCUGAGCUGUGAGACUGCCGUGGUCCUAGGGCAUGGGAAUGUGGCUCUGGACGUUGCCCGGAUUCUCUUAUCGCCUCUUGAAAUACUUCGGAAAACCGACAUCACGGAAGAGGCGCUGGCAGCCUUGGCCUGCAGCAAAGUCAAGCGGGUGUGCCUUAUAGGGAGGAGGGGUCCCCUCCAGGUGGCUUUCACCAUAAAGGAGCUGCGGGAGAUGAUCAACUUACCUAGUGCUCGACCUCACCUAGAUCCUGCAGACUUCAGAGGCAUUGUUGAUGAUGUUAAAGAUGUUCCCAGGCCUAGGAAGCGGCUGACUGAGUUGAUGGCCAAAACGGCUUUAGAAGAGCCUGGGGAGGUGAUGGCUGACCGUUGGGUUUUGGCAUCCCGAGAGUGGAGCCUGAAGUUUUUGCGCAGCCCGCUGGAAGUGUUGCCCGGUGCUGAUGGAAAGCGAGCCAGAGCGAUCCGAAUGGCUGUCACCAGGUUGGAAGGUUCAGGAGACACUGCUAAGGCAGUUCCCACCGGAGACACUGAAGACCUGAUAAGUGGGUUGAUUCUCAGCAGCAUUGGAUACAAGAGCCUCCCAAUUGACCCUGCUGUACCCUUUGACCCCAAGCAAGGUGUUAUCCCUAACCAUUUGGGCAGAGUUCUUGGGGCACCAGGACUCUACUGCAGUGGCUGGGUAAAGAGGGGCCCCACAGGUGUAAUCAUCACCACUAUGAAUGAUAGCUUUGACACAGCCCAGUCUGUGCUGGAGGAUCUACAGUCUGGUGCACUGGACAUUUCCGAUGCCAAGGAAGGAUUUGAAUUAGUGAGGAGCAUCCUUCAGUCCCAACGUGUCCACCUAGUUUCCUUUUCGGACUGGGAGAAGAUUGAUGCUGCCGAAGUGGCAAGAGGCAGGCUGUCAGGGAAGCCUCGGGAGAAGAUUGGAGAUCCAAAAGAAAUGCUUGAAUUGAUAGGUCCCUGAGAUACUGUUGCGAACUGGCCAAGAGCUAUCUGUGUUAUGGCCGUGCAGCUCUCAAAGGUGCUUGGCCACCAAAGAUGGUGAAAACUAUAAUUCAUCAUCCUACAGAUGUGUCGAAAACAGAGAACAUGGUAUGCAGUAGUGAGAUGGCAGUGCUGGCUCUGGACUGAAAGUGAUGUGAAUAUGCUGAAAGCUUCUUGCUGCUACUAGCAGCGGGGUUUGGCCCAGACCACUGCCUGUCUUCAUUCUCUUUUCACAAGGGAUCUCUCUGUGUGUUUUUUUCCUGGACCUUACACCUGGUUUAGAGUCCUGUUCUAAGAAGCCUUGGCUCACUUCUCUCUCUGCUGUAGUCAUUGCAGAAAAAGUGGCCUGUAAAUUGUUAAAGCGAGCAAUUUAAAAAUGUUUAAUAUUCAGGGCUUUCUAAGUGCCUUACUUGUUCUUGCAGGGUUGCUUCUUUGUUUUGCCCAGUUCACAUCUCCACAUAAUGAGAUUAACACAAACUAUUUUAACAAGACAAAGCCAGGCAUAAUCCCCCCCACCCCGUAAUUAGAAAAUCCUUAUGACUUUUUGCCAUUGCUGCUUCUGACAUAAUGAAAUCCUUCAUAGAGCACUCCAUUUGCACCCUGAUUAAAACAUGCUGAACAUAAAACCAAGUCAAAAAACUUCAGAGAGAGGAACUAAAACUUGGAUGAAUAAUCAUAAGGAGAAGCCAUAUAGGAUAGGCAACUUCAGUCAUCUUUUUCUUUCACCCUGAAACUCAAAUUAUUCCUUCCCACCCACAGCCCAACCUUGAUGUCAGAUUGCAGAUUGUAUAACCAUUUUAAAAUAAAGCUCUUUCUCAAAUAAAGUGAACCUGGGUCAGCAGACUCGAAUCCAGCUUUCUUAUCUAGCGUAUGUGCUUUAGCCUUAACGCAAGCUGGAAAACCUACAGCAGGAGCACGAUGGAGAGCUGGGAACUACAAGGCUGCUCUUCGCAAACUUGAACAAUCCUUGACUAUUUCAAGCACAAGCUCACUGUCAAUAAAUCAUGGGAGAUUAUCUUUUCUUGUUGGAAACUCCGACAGAAGUUGAAUUACUGCUAAAGGAGCAUACAUGCUAAGGGAGCAUACAUGCAUGAUUAAUUAGCUUGCUCCUGAGGCAUGCUACAAUAGAAAGUUCAGAUAGGCAUUAUUGGCAGCUUCUUGAGUUAUUAUACAACCACAAGAGUGGCUGUAUACUAUAGCCAGCUUGGAUUUUUCACAUUCCGCAAUGUUAAAUUGAAAAUACCCCCAUGCCAUUCUGAUGCUUCCCAUAAGCUCAUUUCAAAACAAAACCUUACAAAACGUAUAGUACUGAACUCAGAAACGCUUGCUUAACAACUGCGAAUUUUCAUGGCGAUACACAAAACAGUCAGAGAAUCGAGAGUUCAAAGUCUAAAAAGAGAGAAAAAAACCUCAGAGCCCUUUUGGACUUUUUUCUCUGAGAGUUCUCAUAAUCUGUUGAAAUUCAUUAAAAAUCAGCCAUGUUCACAGAGUACCUGUAAUCCCAAUGCUGACCUUGCCCCAUACUCUGACCUUCAUCUUCUGCAGUUUAAAAGUUAAAAAAAAUGCCUGGCUGAUUUUUAAUUUAAGAAAUUUUGGCUGGCACCCUAUGAUAAUGCGGGGCAUGCUCAGUAAGAACCAACUGUCAGUGUUCUAAAAGCCUCACAGCUGCUGGGCUUGGCUAAUUGGGGCCACACCAACACCAGACUUUGAUUUCACGUGAGACAGUCAUGGCUUCCCUCAGAGAAUCCUGGGAAGUGUAGUUUGUGAAGGGUGCUGAGAGGGGACUCCUGUUCCCCUGAGAGAAUGGUUUAACAGUCAGCCACUCUGAUUGAAGGUCUGUGAGGGGACCAGGGUGUCUCCUAGCAACUCUCAGCACCCUUCACUAACUACACUUCCCAGGAUUCUUUGAGAGAAGCCAUGACUGUCCAAAGUGAAAUAAAGGCCUGGUGUGGAUGUGGCCAGGGACAGCUUUGGUUUAAAUUUGGGUGGGAGGCUGCAUGUGCCUGCUGUAGAAUAAAAAGGUGGGGGAAACACUGAAAAGCAAUGAUACUGAUCACAGUGUUUUCCUUUUGCUCUCUGCUAUCUUUUUGGUGCCUUUUGAAGACCUUUCCUCUUUUAACAAGCCUUUUAAGUUGAGACUUAUCCCAGUCCGCGUCUUUGUUAGAAUUUCUUUUAAUAUGUUUUCUUUAAUAAUGUUUUUAACCCUUUUUUAAAAAAAGAUGUUUUUAAAGCUUUUUAAAAAUGUUUUUAACGUUGUUUUGUUUUAAUGUAUUUUAAGGUCUUUUUAUGAUGUUUUAAAGUGUUUUUAUCAUUUCUGUUUGCCGCCCCGGGCUACUGCUGGGAGGAAGGGCGGGAUAUAAAUCAAAUA